UUUCCCCCAGGCCGGAUCUUACGCACGGAGGGGAGCGGGCCACGGAGCGGACUCUCCCGGUCCCCCCAACGGUUCACCGGGGAACUGGCGGUGGAGGACACGAGCAUAGUGAUAGACAUGCACCCAACAACGUGGACCAGCUUGCUUUCAAAUACAUGGAGAUGUGUAAAGUGGAGUCCAGCACCGAUUCUGACUCCGAGAUCAGUCCAAGAUGGUCAGACACCAGCACUAUGGGAUGUGUGAGCAGUGCACCAGAGAGUGGGACGUUUCGGAGGACAUUGCCAUUAACACACAAGCCUGCAGGGAAGCAUGGCUGUUAUUCUUUGUUUUUGGACCCGUAUGAUGGGAGCUCCGAGGAUUCUGGCGAGUCAAACACAGACGUGGGUGUCUCCAGUAGGCGAACAAGGCAACAGGGAAAAGGCGGCGGCGGAGGAGGAGGAGGAGGCUGUCGGUUCUCUGGCAGGAGCAGGAGAUUUAUCCUCCAUCACCCUACUUCCAUUGCCCACAGAGAAGUGAUCAAAAGUGGGAUGAGAGAUCCUGUUACAGAGCAGCAAGAUCUUUUGGACGUCCCAAUGAAAUGUGGGAGUGACUCAGAGCUGUGGGUCUGUGAGCUAGACAUUAUGCCCUCUCACAGCGACAGGGGUGGUUGUAGAGAUCUUAAAGAAGAACUGGCCAACGAUUCAACCAUGCACGUCCAAACCAUGGAUAUAGAACUACAUUGCCAAUUUGAUGAUUCAGGCAUGCAUGCUACGAGAUCCUCCACACCUCAAACACCUGGACCUGUAACCUCAGUGGAAGGGAGUUUGUCACAGAUGUUGCACAGCUCCUCUGAGAGAUCCCCCAGUCCCUGUAACCUUACAUCUCUUCACAAGAGAAAGCUGGGUUUCCCUGGAGCAGAAGUGAUGGAGCUGGGGCAAAGAAAGAGGCAGUGUGUCGUCAACAUGGAGGACAAACAGGAGGGAGGGGAGUCUGCAUCCGAACCACGUUAGAGCUCCAAUAACGGACUGCCAGACUGAAGUAUUGCAUAUUGAACGCCUUAAAUUGUUUAAGUUAGAAUGAAAGCUAUAGUUACUUGGAAAUGCACUUUGUUUACUCAUGUAAUUAGGCCUGAGGGUUUCUUUUUCUACCUCUUUCCACCUUUUGAUUGUCUCACAGGUGUCACAUAUUGUGCUGAUUGUCUCUUCAAGCAAUAUUUAAUUUUUGUCUGGAUAACUACCGUAGUAACCUGGGUCACCAUAAUAGACCACCAAUGUACAACCUCUGCACUGGCAAUGAAGAAACUAUGUUUUCCCAUGGGCCAAUAAAAGAAAAACAUAUUUUCAGAAAGAGAAAAAUAAAACAUGAUAUUGGCUUAUUUUGUCCAUAUUAGCUAAAUGUCUACUGCUGCACUGGAUAGCAAAGUUUGAGCAACUCCUUAUUUAACUGAUAAUUUUUCCAGUUUCAUGCAUUGUUUUCAGUCCAUUCCUGUGUAGUUUUGGCUUUAUGUUUAAGAUCGUCUUUCUGUAAAAUAAAUAUUUUGUCUUGCAAACUGCAGCGCACUAAUCUGUACAGUCAAAAAAUAAGUCAACAUAGUAUCUAUUUAAAAUUGGGAAAAUGCACAACUGAACAUAAAUUGUAUUCCAUGUUUUUGCUGCAGAUUAGAACCUAAAUCUCUCAUCCUUAUGUCUGUUUCUUAGAU